GGCGAGGUUGUUUUUUUUAACACGGGAAUAGCAACAGGCUGGACCCUUGCUAGUGUAGCACCCACGAUCGUGAAUAAACCUGUAUUGAGUAGUUCAACAAUUGUCGUGUAAAGCCUUUAUGGUUGACGGUUGUCUGGCUUUCGUGGAGCUGGAGGUGGACAAUAGAAGAUAACAGCACAUACGCUGCGUUUUUAAACAGAAAAGUUUUGUUCCCGGCCGUGGCAUGGAUGAGGUACGGCCUACCAGCGGUGUUCAAACCCACGGGCUGGUGCCGCUGUUUCCCCCCGGACUGCAGGCUAUCUACGGGGAAUGCCGGCGACUUUACCCCGAACAGGCCAACCCGCUUCAAGUUACGGCCAUUGUUAAAUAUUGGUUGGGGGGACCAGACCCGUUAGACUACAUAAGCAUGUACAGGAGUGCGGGCUGUGCGGCUCAGGACAUCCAGGAGCAUUGGCACUACGUCAGCUUUGGGCUGAGUGACCUGUAUGGAGACAAUAGGGUUCACGAAUUUACAGGGGCAGACGGACCCAGUGGGUUUGGUUUUGAGCUCACGUUUCGACUCAAGAGAGAGACGGGAGAGACGGCUCCACCAACAUGGCCGGCUGAACUCAUGCAAGGCCUGGCUCGCUAUGUUUUCCAGUCCGAAAACACAUUUUGUAGUGGUGACCAUAUAUCGUGGCACAGUCCACUUGACAACAGUGAAUCUCGUAUCCAGCACAUGUUGCUAACAGAGGACCCACAGAUGCAACCCGUGCAGACACCAUUCGGCUCAGUGAGCUUUCUUCAGAUUGUGGGCGUCUGUACAGAGGAGCUCCAGGCAGCACAACAAUGGAACGGCCAGGGCAUCCUGGAGCUGAUGCGCGGAGUCAGAGUAGCCGGUGGCUCCUGGCUGAUCACAGACAUGCGGAGAGGGGAGACCAUUUUUGACAUUGAUCCACACCUACAACAGGAGAGAGUGGACCAGGGGAUUGAGACGGAGGGUUCCAACCUGAGCGGGGUGAGCGCCAAAUGUGUGUGGGACGACCUGAGUCGACCGCCGGAGGAUGAGGAGGACAGCCGAUCCAUCUGUAUCGGCUCACAGCCACGGAGGCUCUCGGACAAAGACACGGAGCAGAUUAGAGAGACCCUGAGAAAAGGGCUGGAGUUUAACAGCAAGGCGGCGAUACCACCAAUCAGCAGCCAGAGACAGGGCCACGAGAGACCUCAGAGUCGUAAGGACAGCUUAGAGAGUGAGAGUUCAGCGGCCAUUGUUCCUCAUGAGCUGGUCCGAACUCGGCAGUUGGAGAGCGUCCAUCUGAAAUUCAACCAAGAGUCGGGCACGCUGUUGCCUCUCUGCCUGCGGGGCCGGUUGCUCCACGGGAGACACUUCACAUUCAAAAGUAUCAACGGAGACACGGCCAUUACAUUUGUGUCCACCGGCGUUGAAGGAGCUUUUGCUACUGAAGAGCAUCCAUAUGCAGCCCAUGGCCCCUGGCUUCAGAUCUUGUUGACUGAGGAGUUUGUGGAGCGGAUGCUGGGGGAUUUACAGGAACUUAACACUCGUGAGGAGACCGAGUUACCGAAGGAGUACAGUUGGCCAGAAAAGAAGCUGACGAUCUCGGUCCUACCAGACUCUGUGUUUGAUAAUCCACUGCAAUGAGACGGACAGACUUCAUCUCUGGAACCCCUCCACCCUCUCCAUGCAACACACACACAUACACACACACACACAUAUGCUGCCAGAAUGGACCAUCGUGAACAGGAGACCUCCCAGAAGAAUCAGCGACCCUGAUAUGUUGAGACUGCUUCACUCCCGAACUUGAUCUAAGGGAGGAUCUAAACUCUUUUGACUCUUGCCGCAUUCUUAGAAUAGCCCCACUGUUUUUAAAUGUUUCUCUUGGGCUUGAGUGCUCUUCAAGAAUGUCAAACCAGCCCGUCUAGAUGGUUGACCCGUAAGAAUACUCCUCAUAGGCGGUACUCUCGCUGUAGGGGAGAUCAGGAAGUUCUUGCAGUUUAAAGGCUGCCACGGUCUGAGGUCCAAAAUGUGCAUCAUAAAUACAUUUGAUACUGCGUCCUGUGAUCUCUGGACGUGGCGGCGUGGGCCGUAACCACGUUAAUGUCCAAAAAGCCAUUCUAUUUAUUCCACUGACCUUUUUUAGAAAAGAGUGAAAAGUCACGUGUUGGACAUUCGUUUUCUUUUUUCUUUUCAUUGAGCUUGUGUGUGUGAGUGUGUAUAGUAUUUACAAAUGCUGGACAUUUUUCUCUUAUGUGUUAUUUCAUACCAAAGUUGGUCCUCAGCCGUCAGUCAAACGUGUCCCGAUUCUACGAAACAACUGAACUUUGAUUCAUUCAUAUUCACAUCCUGCGAGGAUCGAACAAGCACACGGCUUGUUUUAUCUGGCUAAUGUUGCCGGUAAAACCACCCCUCCCUCCCCGCAGAAGUCUCUCUUUCUAUUUUUUUUAAAUUCACGCAUUAUGAUGCAUCUUCUGAAGUAAAGUCCGUUGAACAUUUUCAAAGAUCAGCAAUCUGUUACGGUUCUCUCAAGUGGACACGAAUGGGUGUUUCUUUUUUUUAUCAGUAGGCCCGUACUGAAAAUGCGUUGUAGUGCCUCAGUGCCUUGUGUUGAAGAGGACCACAGCGCUAAAUGUUAAAGAGAAGUCACAUUAAAUCAAGGCUGCUGUCUUCAGUAUUUUUCUGUCACUGCAUUCCUUUUUAAAACAAUAAGAUUAUAUUUUACAACAGAUAUAUACUCUUCUAAAACAAGUGAUGGCAUCUUAUUUUCGUUUGACUUUUUCUAUUCAAAAUGACAAAUGUAAGGUUAGGAUGUUGACGUAUUUUGUACUUACUAUCUUAUGACUGAAUUGCCAAGAUUGUAAUCACAAGUGUGUAGGUCUUUACACAAAUAAACCUGGAACACUAAAGAAUCGAA